UCUCCAGAAAAAAUUAUGCUGGUAGACGAUUCACGAGCUUUGACACGCGCCGAAUGCCUGAUUCAGAUGCAGCGUUUCGCCGCGGGGUUCCAAGCUCACGGCGUCCAACCCGGCGAUCACGUUUGUGUACACUUGGACAAUAGCAUCGAUAACUACGUCGCCAUGUACGGAUGUAUUUUCGCCGGAGCAGUGGUCGUCUUGGCAAAGACAUCUCUGACGGAAAGAGAGCUCCAUUACCAAGUGAAGGACGCCGACGUUUUGCACAUAUUGACCGAACAAAACUUCGUCCAAAAAGUUAGCAAUGUGCAUGCGAAGGCUCCGUUCAAGGGCCUCUUCGUGAUGGGGGAUGCCGAGGGGUUUGUGUCUGCCUCCAAGUUUUCCCACUGGAAGGAGUCAGAAUUCCAAGAGAUCCUCGUACCGGACCCGGAGCGCACCCUCAUGGCGCUGGCCUACACGUCGGGCACCACAGGGCUCCCAAAGGCCGUAGAAAUCACGCACUGCAACUACGUUGCUUCCUUCUACACUUACGCGCCGUUCUCUACCGCGACCGAAGCAGACGUUGCGUUGCUAUGGAACCCAAUCACUCACGCAUCAGGGUUAUGGAGUAUCUUUACGGCUCUGAUUGGAGCGACCUGCGUAGUUGCACCUCAUACCUUGUCCAUGGAAGGAUACGCCGAUUUGAUCGACAGAUUCAAGGUAACGGCUCUGACCUGUUUUCCGACGCGCCUUCGGAACCUGGUGCAGUACGCUCGGUCCGCGGACCGGAGGCUGAACACGGUGCUGCACAUCGGUGUCGGCGGUAGCGUGCUUUCGGAGCAGUUGGCAAAGCUGUCCUUGAGCACCUUCGGGAACCUUCGGAGCCUCAGGUAUAUCUACGGAAUGACCGAAUCGAACGGCUCCAUCUGCAUUCCGCCCAAGGACGUCGUCUGCUACACUAACGUCGGAUGGCCUUGUGCUAUGGUGGAAAUUAAGAUUGUGAAUCCGACCAGUGGUGAAGCCCUGAAAGCAAAUGAAAUUGGCGAGCUCUGUUUUCGAACACCCGCGGCAUCUAGAGGCUAUUACAAGCGUCCUCUGGCUACUGCACAAUUCAGAGACCGUGACGGAUGGUGUCGGUCUGGGGAUCUCGCGUACCACGACACAGAUGGUCGAAUUUACUUUGUCGAGAGAAUCAAGGAAAUGAUCAAGUGCCUGGACAACCAGGUGGUCCCGGCGGAACUCGAAGAACUGCUGCUCGCCAACCACGACGGAAUCGCGGAGGUGGCUGUGGUUGGCCUACCCCACUCGGUCUACGGCGAAGCACCGGCCGCGGUUGUCGUGCCCAAGAAAGAUAUCGGGAACGGCGGUCAAGCAAUGGAAAAAGAAAUCAAGGGAAUUAUUGCAGGGACUUGUGCUCGGCACAAACAUCUCUAUGGGGGCGUCUUCUUCAUGGAAUCUCUUCCGAAAACGGAAACCGGAAAGGUUCGGAGGAAAGCACUCGUCGACAUUUGGGCCAGCAGUAUCCGCGGCUGACCCGUUAUCGGGAAAAUAGACAACUUUCGUAAACCACGCUGCUUCAAGCAGCAUAUUAUGAAAAGUAUAUUUUUUUUUACAUUAUUGCUUUAUUACAUCUUUAUUUCAUGAUGGUGUGCGAUCAAUAGAUGACUGACUUCAAUAAAGAUUUCACUCAUUA